GUAUGCUAAUAAUUUCCUCAAGACUCUCAUCCUUAUUUUCGAUUUUGAACAACUAAAUGUAACCUCACCGACAGAAAAUGAGCUAAUUUGAUUGGCAAUACCAACUUCAAUUUAUUUUUUUAAUGGAAAUUUAUUUGCUUUAAUCAUAUAAAAUUUCCAGAAUCGUUGAGAACUGAGAAGGUACCAUUAAAGGGAAGAAAAAAAAAGUUGGAUAGGGCCACUCGUUUGGUGGAAUUUCUUGCAGUUUAUUUGGAAGUUUGAACCAGAAGGCAAAAGUUUGAGGCAGACAUAACACAGAUCUGUCUUGAACUUCUAUGUGUUCUGAAGCAACAAUGGCAAAAACCAUGACCCUGUGGUAUCUUUUGCUCACUCUUUCCUUCGUUUAUGCUGCCACUGCUAAUACUCAAAUCAAAAUUACUAAUAAUCCUGCGGACAAGUUGGUAGCUGCGAUUAACGAAAACAGAACUGCUCACAAAGUAUCAACUUUAACCGACAACCCAGGGCUUGCAUGUAUUGCUCUACAAUACAUCAAGGCAUACCAAGGUGAUUGUGAUGCUGUGGGUGGCCCUGAUGGCAAGAAACCUCCAGAAUCUCAAUUUGCUGAAGUUUUUGCCCCAAACUGUGGUGUUGAGGCCACAACUCUUGCUCCUAUAACUGGUCGUUUCCUGGGGUGCCAGUCUGAUUAUGUCCAUGCACCUCAGGCAUUUUCUGAAAUCCUCAUAAGGAACCAAAAGAGCUUAGACAUACUCUACAGUAAGAACCACACUCAGCUUGGUGCUGCUGUCACAGGUACUGAUGGAGGGUCACCUUAUUUCUGGUGUGUGUUGUUUAGCAGUGGUAAGCCUAACAAAACUUUUACUUUUGAGAGUGGUGUGGCUAAGAUAACAAAACCUGGUUGCUUUAGUGGGGCAAAUGAUGAGUGCAGUGGUGCUAGUGAUUGGUCACCACUCAGUGGAAUAUGGCUAUUUGCCACUUCGGUUCUGAUUGCAAUGGGGCUUGCUUAUUAUGAUCAUAAACAGAUAAAUUGUAUGAUCUCCACUUGAUUUGGAGCCUUUGUAGUCUUUGUUGUAUAUGAAAGGCUUGGCCUCAGCUAUUCUUUUUUCCCACUUUGUGUGACAUUGUAAUUUGUUAAGAGAUUCAUGUUAAUUGUUUUCCCAACUUUGUUAUACUUUCCAUAUAAAUUUUGUUGUA